UUCAUUCUGGGCUUGCCAUCAGUUUUGAUGAAUGGCAGUCGUCGUGCGGGAAGUCAAGUUUACAAACGAGGCCGUUCUUUCGUGAGCGUGAUCUUCGCAUUUUCUGUUAGUAAAUUUCAGUUGUAAAAGCCUGCAGCUUUUUUAUCUAUGGUAAACUGAAACCAUUCCGUAAUUAUUCGAAGAAAUGCCGUUGACAAAGCGUUUAAUUGAGCCUACGCAUGUCAGCCGCGAACGCAUUCCAGCUGGAAUCAAGAACGAGCUAGAAUUCGUGACCAAUAACACUUUGGCCAACAUAAUCGUGCAGCUAAGCAAUCUCAGCAAACAUGCUGAGGAUUUGUUUGGAGAACUGUAUUCGGAAGCAAUGGGAUUCUCUCAGCGAGCGGCAUCUCUGCAGAAUCGCAUCGAUCGUUUGAGCAUGAAAGUGGGAAAUCUGGACUCCAGCAUGGAAGAAGUUACAUUGCAUGAGAUCAACCAGAGGAAACAAUUUCGGAGCUCCAACAAUUGUGAAGAUCGUGUGGUGUCGCGUGAGACAAUGCCCAAUGCGAUGAAAGAUCUGUACGAGGCAUCGGACUCGCCUCCUCCAUUGAGCAAACUUGACCCAUACAGAACCGAUGGAAAGGAAGGGCUGAAGUUUUACACGGAUCCUGAUUAUUUCUUUAAUCUGUGGAAACAUGAUAUGCUGAAGCAGCGACCAGACAAAACGAAAAAGCCUGGUCGAUCGCGCACGCCUAGUGAAAACAAAAGCACCCGUCAACCACGCCAGCCACAAAGCCACCUCGAACAGAAGCGUGCGAAAGCCAUGGCCCAGGAUGCUGGCUACAUUUCCCCGGAAAUUCCCCCUAACACUGCUGCUGCACGUUCCAACUACCCGUUCGCUACAGAUCAAUACGGACCGGUACACAACAUCCCCGCCGCGGCCAGCUACGAUGCGAGUCGGUACGGCACCAUUCGCAGCGGUAAUCGUCCGGGCCGCUUGGACAUCCCGCCGACAUAUGAAACUGUAGUGGGCGGCAUGGAAGAAACCGUCCACAUGGUGGAUUACCGCGGACCUAUCGCGCAGGCCAUGAUGGCACAGUCUCCGCCGCCAGCGGAGAUGACCAUGCGUGCCAACCCUAACACCCGCGGCACACCCACACGGCCCAGUCAGCCACCACCGGCACCGCCGUCCAGCGGAAGUGGCACUAGCGUGCGCUCGACGCCCACACCCGGACGGGAGAUCCUCCCACCACCGCCGCCUGAACUGCAUGGCCGUGAAUCUCCGCUGUCGCCCGCCGACCAAGAUUUCCCGUUGCCACCGCCGAUCAUGCCGGCGGUGCAGCAUAUGCCAGCCAGCGGUCGCGCUGCUGGGCCACCUCCGCCGCCGCCCCCACCAAUUGGAGGUGCAGUCACUGCUCCACCAGCGCCUCCGCUGGCGUUUGAGAAGCCUGUGGUGCAGGGUUCUUCAACAACAAAAGCACCAGCGCCGGUGCAAGUCAGCAAUACCAUGUUGGAUGCACGCAGUGAUCUGCUAGCAGCAAUUCGCAAAGGAAUUAAUUUGAGAAAGGUCGAACAACAGAAGGAGCAACAGUCGGCGAAACUGGACGAGAAAAUAUCUUCCCUGCACAACGUUGCAGAAAUCAUUGCUCGGAGGAAGUAUUUGCAUCAUUCUGAGUCUGAAUCGUCGGAGACUGAAGCAGAUAGUGACUGGGAGGAACAUCGGUAGAGGCUUCCGUCGUAAGAAGACUCGCAGUACAGAAUUGAUCACAUCAGCAGCAGCUUCACUUAAUGGUUGAGUUGUGGUCAGUCUUGUGAAUCGCUAAAGUUAUAGUCGACUGCAUAGACUGCCUGCAAAAUUCUGAUUCUCUUUUUAUUGUCUUCUUUUAUUGUGUAAAUGUUCGUAGCUUUUUAAGAAUCAUUUUAAUUACACACAGCGGUAAUUUCAGUUCAUUCAUGCAGCCACACCGUUUCGUAUUCCAUUAAAUCGCCUUCGCUGCAUUUCGAUCUCACAGUUAAGAAGAUAA